AUGUCAAAAGUACAUAAUUUCCGUCGAACUUGUGGCCAAAACAUGUACAUGACAAAUAUUUUCUUUUGUAUUAGAAUUGUUUCAUUGUUUUUGUCUAAAAUAAUGUGAUUUAAUAUUUGUGUUUACUAAGGUGUAUUGAAAUAGAAAAAGAUGAAGAGCUUGUUGUUUAUAACACUGUUUGUGUUCGGGUCUUACGGCCUCGGAUCUAUAGUGGACAAGGAAUCGAAGGAGAGCACUGAGUUGUCGCGAGCGCGGGAUGACCGGCCCCUGUUGUUCGCUACGUUAGGAGGCGGCAUGGUGGCCGUGGAGCCUCACUCUGGAAAUAUUAUUUGGAAACUCAAAGAUGAGCCAGUCGUAAAAGUCCCCAACCAGCAUGACAGCCUCAUGCCCCAGUUCCUGCCGGAUCCCCGUCACGGCUUCCUGUACAUGUACGGGCCGCGGGGCGACCAGCAGAUGCUCAAGAAAAUGCCCCUGACGAUACCGGAGCUCGUGGCCAACGCCCCCUGCCGGUCUACAGAGGGCAUCCUCUAUACGGGGAAGAAGAGUGAUACGUGGUUUAUUCUUGAUCCAUUGACCGGUUCACGGGAACAUGUUUCAGGUUUUGACAAGGAUAAGAUUUUCAAUAGCGACGAAGCGGACACGUGUUUCCCGGACAAAAAGCGUGGUAUCUACGUCGCGCGCACUGAAUAUAACAUACUGAUGCAUGACUCGAAGCAUGAAGAUCAGAAGUGGAAUGUUACCUUCUUCGACUACUCUUCGCUCGCCAUGGGCAAGGAGAUGAUUAAUGAUUACGGCAUAAUCCAUUUCACGUCGACAUCCAACGGUCGCGUGAUGUCCUUCGACCGCAAGACCGGCGACCUGGUGUGGUCGCACCACUUCGAGACGCCCGUGGUCGCCGCUUACCUGCUAGACAGAGAAGGGCUCAUCUCCGUCCCUUUCAACUCUAUUGGAGAUGACACGCUUGACCAUAUCAUGGAGGAUGCCACAACGCUCAGCAAUGGGCAGGGGAUAAAGAAUUCUAAUAUUGAAUUAUACCCAACAUUGUACGUCGGCGAGCACAACCACGGCCUAUAUGCUUUGUCGUCUUUAGUCGACAAAAACACCAUCACUAUAUCUACGGCACAAACGCAACCAUUACUCCUCGAAGGACCAACGGCCACGGAAAACAAAAACACAGAGAAACCAUACGAGCCCGUUAAAAAUGUACAUUACAAAUUAAACGAUUUGAAUGUGCACGUUUCAGCGCCGUACUUAUUGCUCGGACACUAUAAAGUGCCAGAGUUGACAACAGCCUGGUCGCCCACAUUACCAAACACAAACUUUUUAUUCAAAAACGACAAUGAUGCAAUAAAGUUGAUAAACGGCAAAAUAUCAGACGCUGAAAAUGACGUGGAGAAUGAAACAAAUGAGAAUUCUAUGCAAGUAUCUGUGUCUGUUCAAACUGAAGACUUAUUCGAAGGGUUUACGUUCAAUUUUAGGCCUGAUUUGUGGUACAAGCGAGGCUAUAUAUGGAUCCAUCAGCAAGAGAAUAAGGCGCUUAAAAUGGCGCUUAUCAUCUUGGUUGGACUAGUCAUCACCAUGUUUUGGUAUCUCCGGUAUCAGGCCCGCGAAUUCCAACAAUUGUCCCAAGGUGGGUCUCGCGGUUCUAAUUACUCCACAUCCUCAACCGGCGAGGUGACCGGCCAGCUGGAGGAGCUGGGAGACGGCGAGGUCAAGAUCGGCCGCAUCACCUUCCGCACCGACCACGUGCUGGGCAAGGGCUGCGAGGGCACCUUCGUCUACAGGGGCACUUUUGACAAGAGAGCUGUAGCCGUGAAGCGGCUGCUACCGGAGUGCUUCACGUUCGCCGACCGCGAGGUGGCGCUGCUGCGCGAGUCGGACGCGCACGCGCACGUGGUGCGCUACUACUGCACCGAGCGCGACAAGCAGUUCCGGUACAUAGCGCUCGAGCUGUGCUCGGCGACUUUGCAAGAUUACGUGGAGAAGAAGUUAGAUCAUUGCAGGAUAGACUCCGUGGAAGUUCUGCGGCAAGCCACUAUGGGGCUUGCGCAUUUACACUCUAUGGAUAUAGUCCACAGAGACAUAAAGCCGCACAACGUGCUCCUCUCCAUGCCGACCGGCACCGGCGAGGUCCGCGCCAUGAUCUCCGACUUCGGUCUCUCCAAGAAGCUGAACAUCGGGCGCGCCAGCUUCUCGCGCCGCUCCGGCGUCACCGGCACCGACGGCUGGAUAGCACCCGAGAUGAUCAACGGCGAACGAACGACUACGUCGGUCGACAUUUUCUCUCUGGGCUGCGUGUUUUACUACGUGCUGUCCCAGGGACAGCAUCCUUUCGGCGAUGUGCUCAGGCGACAGGCCAAUAUACUCACUGGAGAUUAUAAUUUGGAACAGCUAGAUAAAGUGUUGCCGCAAGAAGAGGUGUUGGUCACUAAAAUCCUGAUUCGCGCGAUGAUUUCCGCGCGGCCGCACGCUCGCCCGCCGUGUGAAUCCGUGCUCAAGUACCCAAUGUUCUGGGGGAAACAGUCUAUUCUUAACUUCUUACAGGACGUGAGCGACCAAGUGGAGAGCCUCGGGCCGUCGGGCCCGGCGCACCCGCUGGAGACGGGCGCGGCGCGGGUGGUGCGCGGCGACUGGCGCGCGCGCGUGUGCGGCCGCGUGGCCGCCGACCUGCGCGCGCGCCGCACCUACCGCGGCGACCAAGUCGCGCAUCUGCUGCGCGCCAUACGGAACAAGAAACACCACUACAGAGAGCUAGAGCCCGAAAUAAGAGAAAGCCUGGGCAAAUUGCCCGACGGCUUCAUCACGUACUGGCUCCAAAGGUUCCCGCUGCUCCUGCCCCACGUCUGGAUACAGAUGCAGCGGUUCCGGCAGGAGGACAUCCUUCAGGACUACUACCCCCACUCCUACACCUUCAGCAGAACGGACGUGGCCGAGCUAGACGACCGGUACGAAGAGGAGCUACCCCCCGCCCUCUGCGAUCCAGACACUAAUGAACUAUUCGUAAAAAGCAAAGUGUACUUUGACGAGAGCAAAGACAGGAAGAAAGAAGGUUCCCCGAGAAAAAUAGUCGACUGGAGGAGCAGUGAUUAUAGGAAACAAGACGAUGUCCGGUUAAGAGAUAGGCAUUACAAGAAAAAAGAGAAGAAGAGAGAGGAAAUGCCCGUAUGGAGCUUGCCGCCCCAGUAAUGUUUACAUUUUUUUAGCACAAAUAAUGCACAGUUUACUACUAUUGUGAUUUAUUUAUUAUUUAUGAAGAGGAUUUUAAUAUAUUGUAAGUAAGAAAGUUAUAAAUAGUGAAGUAAGAUCUCUUG